AUGGAGGGUAGACGGAGCCAAGGACGUAGAACUAACCGAGGACGCGAUUCUAACCGUGGCCGUGGGGGUAGACAGGCACAGGAACCGGUGCAAGAACCAAGGGAGGAAAGAGGUGAAACAGUUGAACCUCAACCUGGACCCCGAGCAGAAGGAGGGGACCAGGGAAAAGAUAGGGCCCUGGAGAGAUUUCAAAAGUUCUCUCCUCCUAAGUUCCUGGGAGGACCGGAUCCUGAGGGAGCGGAGAGAUGGUUAGAAAUCAUGAUCAAUAUAUUCGCCGCUUUGAACUAUGCGGAGGAUAGACAAGUGCAAUUCGCUGUCUUUCAGUUUGAGGGUCCAGCCAGGGUUUGGUGGAAUGUAGUUAGAGCUAAAUGGGAGAGAGAAGAGACUGCAUCGACGUGGUUGAAUUUCAUAAGAGAGUUUAAUGAGAAGUACCUUCCACCGAUAGUCCAGGAAAAGAGGGAGGAUGAGUUUAUUAAGUUCCGUCAGGGAACCCUAAGUAUAUCUGAGUACGAGACUCAGUUCACUAAGCUAUUAAAGUUUACUCCCGAAUUGAUAACUACGGAGCAAAGGAGGGUUAGAAGGUUUGUACAGGGACUCAAUGUAGAAAUAUAG